UGCUGUCUCCCUGCAGAUCCACGAUCUACUACACAAAUGUUUUUGGUUGUGGAAUUUAUAGAAACAAACACUGUUAACAUUAUAUCUGAAUCAUGGCUUGAAGAUGGUGUCACUUGGUGGCCAAACUAUAGAAGCGACGAACGCAUAAACCGAGCUGUUCAAAAAUGUGAAGAGCCAGGAGCAGACUGGAAAAAAUAUGAUGUUCGAGUCCAUUCAAGAACAGGUGAUUACCUUAAAGCAAGACAGAAACUGAGGGCCUUGCUGACCUGCAAUACCUCUGAAUUACAAACAGAUGAGGAGGAAGAAGUGAUUAGGAAGAGAAAAAUUAAGCCAAGGCAAAUCUUUGGCGAUACAGACUCUGACAGUGAGCCAGAGAUGGCUAUAAAGAGGAGAUGCCACAAUGUCCUCCCUUGUCCAGUACCACCUAUUCCUCCCCCUACUCCUGACAAUGAAGCUUGCCAGACUACUGCUAGACCUCUCCUAGACCAGAGGCAGACGGAAUCUUAUUUUACUGCAGCACCACCUGCCCCCUUAAGUACAUCUUGCAUGCCUUCCAGUCCUCUGCCCCACUCCUCUGUUGGCCAUUUUGAUACGAUGCAUUUUCAAGAUGAUUUUUGCUCAGGGCCUCAAGUUGCAACACGUGUCUCUCACACACCAUCAAGCUCUAUGGGCCAGAUCUCUGCCACGCCUCUGCCAGAUGAGCAUUUCUUUAGGCCCACAUUUAGACUGGGGAAGACAGGCACUGGACCAAUUCCAUGCUCUGCUGCUCAGCUGCACAUCCUAACUUUAUUGGAUUAUGUGAAGGAACAGCAAACGGCGAUUGCUGCUGCUGUGAACAAUCUUGCUGCAAGACUGGGGACAGAGGCUCCUGUGGCUGAAAUGCCUAAAGACAUCAGUAUCCCCCUGACCACUGUGCCUGAAGUUGAGGAGUUUGAGGAAUGGCUUAAAGACUCAAGAAAUUCACAAGCUAAACAAAACAUGAUAUCUGCUCUGGGUGCUGUUGGAGGUCAAAACACCAAAAGAGUGACAUGGAACAUACUUUCAAGGCUUUACUCAGAUGCAGUAGCCAAACAAAUAAACUGGAAAGGAGUCAAUGGGAAGAAGUGCUUUAAGGAAAUGCUCACAAGAAGUUUGUUGAUCAGGGCUGUAAGAAAGAACCAGUCUUCGACCAAUGCAGCAGACAGUGAGAUAGAUUCUUAUGCCAUCCGUUGGUUCAAUCUUGCUCCUGACCGUGGCGGUGGCCGGAAAGAGCGUUCAAGAGUCAAAGAGGCGUUAACUGAGAUGGCCCAUGGGAAUUAAAUUGUUUGACUGCUCUAUCGGAUUGUGUUUUUGUUCAUUGGGAUAAAUCUGUUAUUAGUAUUCUCUGUUUUGUUCUGACCACAUUGUUUGGACACAGGGGACCAACUCCUGUAGUUGCACAGUUAAAAAAAAUAGUAAAUAAAUAAAUAAAUUUAUUUGCAUUGUU